AUGACUCAGAUAGAGGAAGACACGCGAACUAUGUUUCAAAAAGAACAAGAAACCUUGGCGAGAGAAUUGGAUUGGUUGCUGGUUUCUCAAUUACCAACUGCACUAUCUGAGAUAAAGAAAGGGUUGAAGAAAUGUGAAGCGAUUAUGAAAUCGCCUGAACAUGACGAUUCGCUAGGCACAAGUACUCUGGCAAUAUCGUCAAAUAAUAGUGACUCUCUAAAAGGAUAUAUUACUUUGGAUGGUAGCGAUAUUAUCAAAGGGGAAUUAUCAGUAAAAUUAUCCAAUUACCAUCGUGGUAACUUGAUUAAAUUAAACAUUAAUUCGAAAAAACCAUAUUUUAUAGAACAAUUGGUCGAUGCACAGAAUUAUCUUACUUUAGCUUUAGAUUCAUUGGAAAAUACGAAUAAAGAUCUUACAAAAGAAAGUGCUCGAGAGUUGUUAGAUUCUGUUCUCAUAUAUAUAUUAAGUAGUCGAUCAGUUUUAGUUUGUGCUCAUGAAGAAAAAUUGUUUCCUUAUAAAAUUUGUGAUCCUCAGAUGUUUGGGACAGCAAUACCUGAAGAAUUGGUUAUUCAAUUUCAUGUAGAAGGAUCAAAUGUUAUUAGUUCGGUUUAUGGAUUACAAUAUCAUUCACCAAAAAAGAAUGGUGGUUUAUUAGGAUCGGCUAAAUCUUCAAAAAUUUG